AUAUUGACCGAAGGAGCGCCUCGUUCGAAGUUGGUAACUGUGGCUGGGACGUAAAUGGUCGAUUCCUCUGCUGUUACUGACUCGAUGGCGACUUGUCUUAAUGGAAGUAAUUUAACACUAUGAAGUUUUUCUUCUGCAAUGUCAAGUGACUUCAGAAGUACGAUGAUUCAAGUAAUUGCUCAGCUAUGUGGUCAAGUUGGCUUCGAACAAAUUACCGAAGCCUCACUCGAGCUGCUAAUCAGCAUUACAGACGCAUAUUUCCAUGCGUUGGUUAAAAAUGUACAUACACUGAUUGACUCAGAUGGUGGUGCACAGGUUGCGGAUGGGUUGUUGGCUUUGCGUUUAAUGGGCCAAACGCCACAAGGCCUUGCCAAUUUUGUAAAAGAAAACAGCCAGUUCUUUACACCAGCACCUUCUAUGGCCUGUGGACCUGUGUAUGGGAAAUUGUGUUUGAAUAUUCCAGGUGAAAAUCACCCUGAGUUGGAAGAGCGGCCACUUUUCAUUCCUCGGCAUUUACCGCUUAAUUUCCGUGAGGAUUUCGGAAGUGAAACUUUUCCACAGGUAGAACAAAGUGUUAAAGAACCAGGUUCCAAUGGCUUUUCGUCACUUUCGUUGCCUUGUACAAUCUCUGCUAACACCCGUUGUGCUUCUGGUUCAACCAAUUCAGUUACUACAAGCGUCGCUCGUACACUUCCUGGAUGGGCUAGUAGAUCAACUUAUCGUUUAACAUGUGUAUCAGUUGAUCCUCUAACUAAAUCCUUAGUGGAACAUUGUCCACCAUGGAAACCGUCUGAUAUUCUUCAGUCACCGAUUCCAGAUAGCUAUGCAGGUUGUUCUACAAGUAAUUUCCUGUCGUCUAUUUCGAAAAGAGAACUUACUUACGACUCAACGCCAGAAGAUACCAAAGGUGCAUAUGAAUUACCACAUUCACCUGCGAGACAGCGUGGCGCUAGUGAUGAACAGUGGGCAGCAGCCUUACAGGCAACUCCAUCAACACAGCAGCCAAAGCGUAUUGUCUUUACUCCUAGUCGAUUUGAUCCUAGUGCAACUCCAUCUUGGUCAGGGAUGAGACGGGUGUCUAGUUCAUCACGUGCCUCUUUAUUCUCUAAACACACUAUUGGAGAAAAUUCAAGGAAUAAACGACAAGCAUCCUCACUUGCUUAUGUUACAGCACCAAAAGUCCCAAGACUUUCUACUGGUUGUCGAGUACACAGGCGGUCAAAAACUGGUCGUGGUCGAGCGAGAAGAUUGUCAAAACAGAGAUUUUCAAAGUCGAAUGCAUCGAGUUCUUCUAUUCUUGAAGAAGCUUCCGAUAGUAAAAAUACAACAGACCAGUCAUUAAAUCCAGCCAAGGAAAUACCUGAUUUUAAAGACGAUGCUAUGAAUGCAGAACUUUCUCCGUUGGAUUCCGAUGUUUCCACUCUGUCAAAUGGAAUGGAUUCAUUUAAAUCUAUGAACGAUACACCAACUACUAUUCCUGAAAAAGUAUUUAGUGAAGAUCGUGGAUCAAACAGAAUCGAUUCAGAAGAGGAAAAACAAACUGUCUGGAAUGGGAAAAAUUAUCCUGAAUGUGAAUCACCGAGUACUCCUCCUUUACGAAAUCCUGUAAAUAAUGACUCAUUAAUAAUAUUUUCUACUAAUACCAAUACUACUCCUACGACUACUGAUAUGUCACUUGGUGUAAUCACGUCACUAAAGCAAGCUGAAGACUCUAAAUCACCAGGUGAAAUUGAGACAACUGAUUUAAAGGUUUUGAAUGUUCCAGAGAAAAACAGUCCAAUGGAAAAUUCAAAUAUUGUACAACCUAAACCAACUUAUCCGUUUCGAAGAAAAGGUCGUGGUCGAAGAAGAGAUAAAUACAGAGUAUCUGCAUUCAAUAGUCUGUUUCAGAAUCCACUUCGACCAAACAGUUCUAAAUCACUUUCUGUUAAAUCAAAUGAUGUUCCACAAAGUUUGCCAAGUACACCUUUAUCCAAACCUGAAAGUAAUUUUGGUGAUCAACAACCUAUUGCAUCUACUCCGAUAGGCCGUUCGGAUAUUUCCAGGCAAACAAGAUCCGUGUAUAAACUUGGUAAAAGAUCUGUAGACUUAAAAGCUGAUUCUUUUGAUAUGAAAAGUGAAUCUAUUACCAUGUCACCUCCUAUGGUUAACGAGAAUGAGAUUAUAAACUCUCCAGCAUCCGACACAACUGAACCCAUGACUUAUGCUGAGCGGGCAGAACUUCUAAGGAUUCCGUUUUCAGAUGCUAAUGAUGUGAAGGGUAUUUCAUCUUCUACUGGUGCAACCGCGACGUGUAGUAGUCACUUUUUAAAGUCGGACACUUCUGUCUUCAACAAAGAAAGCUUUGGAAAACUGCAGCAGCAUGCAUCAGCUGCUUUAAGGUCUCUACCCUCUUCUCCCUCAUCUCUUGAUUCUUCUCUAUGUUCAUCUUCGUCAUCAUCAUCAUUGUCAACUCCAAAGAUUCCGCCCGAAGAACCACUGGCUACGAAGUUGGAAGUAAACGACACAAAAAGUGAUAACAUUAAGUAUGAUAUAUUUCGAUCUAACCCAGAUUCAAAUAAAUCUUUGUUCCCAAAUCCAUGUAUUCAGACUACUGUGGAUACGAACCUGUUACCUGUAAUCUCACCAAGUCAUAUGCAACCGUCGCCUGCUGUUUCUUGUAUUAAUACAAUCAGUACUACCUAUCGUAGUUUGCCUUCACCAAUUCAACCUGCAGGUGUUGGCCCACCUCCUCUUCUUCCUUUAUCCAAUAAGUUAACGGAACAGAAAAGUUGUGUUUCAUCCUAUCCUGUGACAUCCAAAGAAAAUGAAUGUGUUCCCGUUCUCCCACCUACUUUAGUGCCUUCAUGUGUUGUUGAUCCGGACUACUCAAAGUUGAAGCAAACCGAUUCGGUCACAGCUUCUAGGACCUGUUUCCUAACAAAUUCUCAGUCAUUAUCCUCCAAACCAUCAGGUGAUAAUAGUAACAAUAAUGGAGGAUUGCGUAUCACCAUCAAGUUAGGUGGGAGUGCACUAAAGGAGGAACUUGCUUCUUCUCUUUCUCCUACAUCUUCAUCGUCUUCAUUAUCCUCGUCAGGGUCUACAUCAGAAGAUGAAGACACUGCAACUCAUUAUACACCAGCAUUAAAUCCAAUUCAUACCGUCAAAAAGGAGUCAAAUGAAAUCUACUUAACAAAGGACAGAUCUGAUGGAUAUACUGGGUCAUUGUCUCAGUCUACAAUAUCGUCGGAGAAAACACCAAAACUGUAAGUGAAACUUGUGAUCUAUGUUAUUUUUCCUAAUGGAAAUUGCAGUAUUGGGUUUUUCUGUGUUUGUAAGUGUUCUUUCAGUGAAAUUCUGUUUAUUAUACGGUUAGUUACAUUAAAUGUAAUAAAAAAUGAAUAAAUGAAUAAACGAAAUAUCACAAAACAAUCACUUAAAAUCGUGUGCAGUUGGCAAUAAGCUCUACCUAUUGUUUGAGGCCUGGUGGCUGCCCAAAACUUCGUAGCUGAAGCGAGGUUCAACGCUGUAUCCCACUUGUUGGGAGUGAAGUCCUCAGGUCAGUAAGGUACAACUUACUCUUUUGAUAAUUAUCUGAGGUUGGAGAUUGUACUAUGCGAUUGCAGUGUUCAGAUUUGUUAGUUUCAUCUACAGUGUAAGUAAGCAUAACUUUGGCCUUAUGGUUAGAAUGAGUUAUUUAUACAUUUCGUAGUCACCGUAAGUGACUGGUAAACUGGAGCCAAUUUGCACUAGCAGUAGGUCCGCUGCAGAAGUCUGUUGAUAUAUAGCUAAAAAUUCCUUUUUUAUUCUCAUCCUAAAUGAGUAUAUUUUCUAUUUCCUGUUAUACAUUUGUUGUUUCCUUCAAAUCGUAGUGUUAUUCGCUUUGGUAACGGCCCUGUCACAUCUGUUCAAUCACAGUCUGUUACAUCUUCCCACGUCCAAUCCGAUGGCCAAAGUGUAACACCUCAUUCAGAAAAUCCCCCUCCUCUUAUCGACAGGAAGUAUCCAACUUCUCUUAGUUCCGCCCCUCCUCCUCCUCCUCCUCCUCUGCAGCUAACCAUUUCUCGUGAUAGACUAAAGUACAGAGGUCGAACUGCUUCACAAGGUAGUGAUUCGAAUGCAUCAAAUACCAGUUCUACGAUUACAGGAAGUCUUUCGAGUAGUGAAGGCGAAGAAGAGGAAAAAGUGACUGUUCAACCCCAAAUCAGCCCUACAGGGACCGCAGUCUUACCGCCACCUCCUUGUUUAGAACGUCUACCUCCCAGAUCAGGUCAAAGCGGUCUCCAGCCGAAUAAAAUCACUACUGAAGGACGGUUGCCUCAUCGAUCUCAGCCGCCGCCACCACCACCACCACCUUCAUUGACCUCCAGUGUAAGCAUAUCUAGUGAUCUGCCACCACUGCGGGAAAAAGUUUCUGUCACGAACGGUCCGGAUACUUCUGCUACUCACUGCCAUCUCCCACCGCUCCUCCCUCUUUUCAAUCCAGUUGGAGAAGAGAAAGGACCUGUUUCAUCACCUCUGCCUCAUUCGGACAUAGUUUUAACACAUCAGUCUUCUUUGAGUAAGCAAUCCAAGUCCAGUAAGUUCAAUGUUGUGAUAUGUACAUGCCUAUUACAUUACUAUAACAAUAUUGAAGUUGUGCAUAGUAGAUCUGAUAGGAGAUAAUCUCUUUAACAGUUUAUUUUCAUUCACUAUUCUUUGAAGGGCUAAUUAAUCUGUAUAUUGUUAUGAAUAAAUUACGACAUUAAACCAAAUCACCCACAGAUUAUGAUGAGCCUGUUAAAUAAAUUAGUUUUAGAAUAUCAUUGUUUCAACCAUUUAGUUAGGAAUCAUAUCUUGUUGUUGCAUGUAUUUGAUACAAAAUUAAAAACAUUUUUUUGAAAUAACUUACUCUUUUUCAACCGCAUUUUUGUACAUUUCAUACUUAAUGGAUUAAAUGAUUCCAGUCACAUUUUGUGAUAAGCUGAAUAAAGUAGGAAAAAAUAUUGAAAUCAUAGCAAGAUAAUAAGUAGCAUAGCUGCAACAGGAUAAACUUUUUCAUUUUAAAAUUAGAAAUAUUUUAAACUGUGAAAGUAAACAGUAAUGUUUGUAAUAAUUUCAGAUUCACGGUUUGUUCGUGGAAAGAAAAGAAGCCAUUCAGAUCAAAGCUCACAUUUUCCUUUGGCUAAACGUAGAGCAGUGCAUCAGUCAAGUAGAACUGUAACAUCAGGUCGCACUGAAUCUUCAGCUGUUGUUCAACGGCCUCGUGCUACAGUGGACUCUGUUUUCACAGAUGAUGAAAGUGAUGUUAAAAAUGAUGACCGAUCUCCUUUAUUAUCCCCAGUUUCUUCGAUUGAAGCAACGGAUAGUCAAAGAUCUAUCCGUACUUCUAAUAGUCGAAAUAUUUAUUCAGCUCAUUCUUCCUUAGAUCCUUUAGCAUCCCUGCCUAACUCCAUUCCUCCUCCCCCUCCUCCUUUGAAAACCCAACCAAGGACCAAACACACUAGUUUAUUUAACAAAAAAUCCUUAUAUCGUCCAGCCACAAAGUCAUCUCGAAAUCCCAGUACGAAAAGUUCUACAUUAGUAAAAAGUGGAAAAAGUUGUGACCAGAUCAAACCAAUACCUGUGCCCCCAAUUGCAACUCCUCAAGUCAUCACUUCUAAGAUUGUACCUCGUGAAACUGCUUCACAAAUUGUCGUUGAAUCUGCCGGCAGUUCAUAUUAUUUCAACAAUAAUGGUGAACAGAUAUGGUUGUGUCCUAUUUGUCUGCUAGAAGACGAUGGGAAUUUAAUGAUCGGAUGCGACAGUUGUGAAGACUGGUACCACAGUACCUGUCUUGGACUUACAAAAGCACCUGAAGUUCCACAAUGGUUUUGUCCAAAGUGUUCACAUAAACCGUUACCUGCAAAUACACGUAUUACAAGUAAAACAUCUGUUGGCGGUCCCCCUUCACGUAAAAGUAAUUCUCAUAUUGUAUUUAAUUCAAGUCAUAAUUCUAAACAUUCAGAACGUGAAACAGGCUCAAAAAAAUCUAAAUCUAAACCUAAACGGUGAUGAUAAUAAUAAUAUGCUAAUAUAUUGUUGUUUUUCAACUUUCAAAAUCAUAAAACUGCCUUUUACUUUUUUCUCUCUCUUUUAUUGCUGUUUUCUUGCUCAUUGUACAUAUUUGUAUAUUAUUACAUGCAGAUACGAAAGAAAUAUUAAUUUUUUCUUUUACUUUUUUGUUUUUUCUUUUUGAUUUGUACUUUCCCUUCCUUUCAGACUUGUAAUUGAAAUUAUAAUCCUCCCGCAAGAAAAAAUUCAUUACUUUCAGAUGGCUUUUAUUCCUAUAUUCCUUUCCAUUGUGUGUGUGUGUGUGUAUAGCAUAAUAAAAUAUUUUAAAUUAAAGAUAAAUAAUUGUCUCUCUUCAUCCUUUGUGAUUGGACACACUAGUCAAGUAACUCACUAGUGUGUGUGUAAUUGUGUCUAGUCCUAUCUUUGGUGAAGACUGCUUCUUCCUGGCCGAUUGCCUCCAAUCAUCUCUCUACUACCAAUUAAUUGUCUCUUCACACUUAACACACAUACAUACAUUUUUUUAUACUUACUUUUUAUUGAAGGUGUUCAAAAAAGUGUAUUAUGUGAUUGAAAUAGAAAAUAGAAAAAGAGAUAUCAUAAUAGAUAUAACUUAAAUUUU